AUGUAUACCACCAAUUUCGCGAUUAUCGUAAGCCUGGUGCUCGGCGCGAUCGCUGCGCCACUCGACAUCGGCAGCGGCCGAGUUCAGCUGCAACUCUCGAUCGAUCUUGGCGGCGAAGGGGCUGCUGCCGCUGGAAUCAUUGAUGCUCGGCAGCUUUUCGAUUUCUCUUCCACCCACUUCGUCAACGCUGUCCCAGAGGAAGUCGUCAACGGUACCGAGCCGACUGGCGGUCUCGCCGGCGCAUCCGGCACCUUCAACUUCGGCAUCAACAGUGCCUCGAAUAUGAUCUGCUACAACAUCACUCUGCACAACUUUCAAGGCGAAUUCGAUUCUCCCGCAACCACGGCGACACAUAUACACGAGGCCGCACGUGGUGCUAGUGGACCGCCCAGAAUCUCAUUCCCAAACCCGGAGCCGGUGGAGGGAAACGAAGCAGUCAGGAACAGUGCGGGCUGUAUGAAAGGUCCAUUUACGACUGGCGUUAUGGUUGAAGGAGUGGAUUCGGGCGAAGGAUUCCAUGUCAGCAUGAUCGAAGCAAACCCGGCAGCGUUCAUGGCGGAUACCCAUUCGAGUCUGGCGCUGCCUGGUGCGGUGAGGGGGCAGAUGGCAUAA